AUGUCAGACGCCGCUUCUUCAUCCUCUUUAUAUCCACCUGACGCAACCGCAAACGGCGAAUCCUCAGCUUCACAACCCAUUUCAAACUCUGGUGAAAUCCCAUCUCAUCCACAAUAUAUGACCCCGUAUCUGACAUUCCAAACAGAACCUCAAAAAUGCGCGCACUGCAAGAAGACGCCUCCAAAUAGCACAUCAACAGAAGAAUCACCCUUAAAACCAUGUCCAAAAUGCCACACAACACUCUACUGCUCACGACAAUGUCAAAAAGACGGUUACAAGACCCAUAAAAAGGUAUGUGCGUCUCUAGCACAAGAGUAUUCCCGGACGGCGGAUUUGAAGAUGGAGAGUGCGGGGAGCAGAGCUGUGAAAGAAGGUCAUAGGGGCGGGUUGCAGAAAUGGCAGUUUGAUACGUGA